UAUAAAGGCUGCUAGCAGCUCCUGUGGCCAGAAGCUUCAAAACCAGCAGAGUUUUGUUCUUUGGGGGUUUAUAAUAAGAGACACUCCUUCAGAAAGGCUCAUAUCAUCAUAUAGGAGAGUGCUAUAUGUACUGGGAGAACAAUAGACUGUAUUUUUUUUUUUUUCUUUGCUUUCCUUUUUUUCUUGGUAUUGUCCAGAGAUCGGUUUCCUACUGCCCUAACUUAAAGCAGAGUACUUCUGUGGCCUGUCUUUCUCCUUUGGCCUCAAAAUGACAGUAAUCACUGCAAUCAGUUGUGCUUUCUUAUUUUCCAUUCUCUGUGAAACAAGUGCAUUAGUGUUACCCAACUCCAGUGACCUACUCCUGUCAGACAAUAAUUUUACUGACAUUGAGACGGCUUUGGCAGCUCAUCUGGACUCUGCAAAAAUUCCCAAAGCUAGGCGGAAGCGCUACAUUUCGCAGAAUGACAUGAUUGCCAUUCUUGAUUAUCAUAAUCAAGUCAGAGGCAAAGUCUUCCCACCUGCUUCAAACAUGGAAUACAUGGUUUGGGAUGAAACUCUUGCGAAAUCUGCAGAGGCUUGGGCUGCUACUUGCAUUUGGGACCAUGGACCUUCCUACUUACUGAGAUUCUUGGGCCAGAACCUCUCUGUAAGAACUGGAAGGUAUCGAUCUAUUCUCCAGCUGGUCAAGCCAUGGUAUGAUGAGGUGAAGGAUUAUGCUUUCCCUUAUCCUCAAGAUUGCAACCCCAGGUGCCCCAUGCGAUGUUACGGACCCAUGUGCACCCAUUACACACAGAUGGUUUGGGCCACUUCCAAUCGUAUAGGCUGCGCAAUCCACACAUGCCACAAUAUGAACGUCUGGGGAUCUGUUUGGCGACGAGCUGUUUACUUGGUAUGCAACUAUGCCCCAAAGGGGAAUUGGAUUGGAGAAGCACCAUAUAAAGUAGGAGUCCCAUGUUCGGCUUGUCCUCCAAGCUAUGGAGGUUCUUGUACCGACAAUCUUUGUUUCCCAGGAGUAACAUCAAACUACUUAUACUGGUUUAAAUAAGUUAAGUUUUACAUUAUUUUGAAAAAAACCCACCAAAACCCAAACAAACAUGGAUGAGUAACAAGAAGCUUGUAUAUUGAAUUUUGCACAUAUUUUAUAUAUAGAGAUAUUGUAAUAAUACUCUGAUGUUUUCUUUUUGUAUGCUUUUGUAUAAUUAGCUUUCAAAGUAUAGUAUAAUUUGGUUUUAACACUUUGGGAUUUAAGAUUCACAUUAACCCUUUUAGAUUAACAUUUUUUUAUAGGAGAUCAAACUAAUUUUCACCUUUGCAAGUCUAGCUUCCUGAAGAUUAGGUUCUAUUAAAAGCACAUUAGAAGAUAAAAUGUGACUUCCUUUUAAAGAUAAUAGCUCCAGAAAGAGAAGGGUCAUUGAUUAAUACUGUGCUUUAAAAAUGGAGUGUGAUGUGCAAAGCAACAAAUUGUCCUCACACUCCAAAUGGUUCCUUCCAUUUCCACCUGUGCUUUCACCUGCAAUGUCAAUGGGACUCUGAGCAAAGGAAAACAUAUGUGCAAGAGAAACUGCAGGAUAUUACCUACCUCAUGCACAACAUCAAUUUGUUUAUGGUGUUUCAAGAGUUCAGCACACGGCUGCUGCUAUCAUCAAUGAUGCCUGUGUGCAGACAGGAGAAUUAAGAGAGAAUGAGGAACCACACUGGCCAAGAUGCAGUGGCUGUUAACUUACAUGCCUGAAGUCUUGUCUAGAUACAGAAAGCUGCAUCAUUUUGAAUAUGCUGGUAUAAUAGCACAGUCUAGCUCUACCUUCCAUGUAUCUGAACGCAGCCAUAAUGGUAUAAUGGUGCUUUGCAGCAGUAUAUUUAUACUUGUACAAGAAGGCAAAGAAAUACAUUGCUACAAAGCAACAUAAGUGACAUCAAUACAUGACAUCCAUACUGGUUUUUACACUACAAGUUUGCCAGUUUAUGAGUUAUCCCCCUGACUGAAACUCAGCCAGGUGAAACUUUCAAGGUAAGAUCAGACCUAAAAGUAGAUAAGAGGAUUUCCAAAUAAAAGACAUCAGGCAACUUUAGCACUUCAUGCAGAUUUGAUACAAAAAUUCCCAAUGUCUAAAGCAAUUGGUAGGGCCCUUUAAAAUAUAUUGCACUGUUUCCUAAAAAUAUCUCUAUGGAUUAAUUAGAACCAAAUCUGUUUAUUAUACCUUCCCUGCCAAAACCUGAAUGCCUUAUGGGUGCUUACUAGAACAUUUAUAACGAGCCCCUACACUUUGAGCUAGAAUAUUAUACAGGUAUUUUUCUUGAAAAACAGAUUAUAAAAAUGAGGAAACAGAAUGUCUGCCACAACUACUACAUCACUGAAAUAGCCUCGAGUUUUGGCUUUAUAUUACGGGGCAGAAUGUACUCCACUUUAAAUAUACAUGUUUAGUCUGCUUGCACUGCUACAUUUAGACCUCUGAAAUUUAUGAACUUUGAAAAGCAAUACUGAGUAGAGCAAGCAGAGCAACAGAGGAUAAUUGCACUAGUACUACAUAUGUGUGUCUUUAAGUCACUAAUUCAUUUCUUUUGAGGGUGUUUGAGACAGUCUGUUACCAAAAUAUGAAGUAUCAUAUUGGUGAUAUAAAAAAAAAAAAGAUCAGUUUGAAUUCUUUGCAUUAGUUAUGCCUUUUCUCCGGCAAAAUAGCUGGGGGUGGGUGGGGAUGGGGUGUGUGUGCGCAGCAUAGUGAGACACAUGCCACGGGCUUUACAGCAUAAAGCAUGAAACUUAGCAGCCCCUCUCCAUCUGUCCAUAAUGUGAUCCCUCAGAGAACAUCAGCAAUGGAUCUAUGACUCUUCACACAUUUCUGGUUAGUGACACUUCUGCAUCUGACAGGACAAUAACUAGACAAGUAUAUUGUCUUAAAUGUGUCCAUGUUUUAAAAGAACAACGUUUGUAAUAUUCUCCUAACUUUUAUCCUAACAGUUACAAUAUAAAUGGUUUUCCUUUUGGUUUCAAAGGGACUUGGACAGUGCUCAAUCAGUCAAACACUUUCGCUGAGUAAAAUCCAGUCCUGUUUUGAGAGUGAAACACAACCUCUUUGCAUCAUCUUUGUACACACUGAAAGCAUUCAGUGAGAAAAAACUAGGUAUGUUGCUAGCCCUCAGCCAGCUCAGUUUUUGACAGAGAUGCAUGUGACAUACUUUUUUGGUUUUUGUUCUGCAUAAGAAAUCUUCUCUAGAGGUCAAGACAGCACAGUUAAAACAGUGCAUCUAGCCAUUUUCAGUAAUUUUUUUUCAUUUUAUAUUUUUUAAUACCAGAUAGGAAGCAGAGCAUAAGCAAAAGUUCAGGUCAAACCGUGGAACCUACAACAGUAGGUCUAGCAAUAAAUGACUAUGCACUUUGGAACUUGCAACUUGUAUGUUGUAUGGUACACUUUCCAAACAGGACUAGACAUUGUAAAUUAAUUUAUAAUUCUUUAAUUCAGCUGAAAUUUUUAUAACGGGUAUAUAUGUUAUCGUAUCUGUUACUUUUUAAAUUGCUACAAAUACCUUGAUUUUGUGGAAUAUUUUGUUUUCUGUGGAUAUAGAAAACUUUGCUUUUAACAAACAGGUAUGCAGGUUUCUUAACAACAUCCCAUAAUGGUGCUAGGGAUUAAGUAUUGUAAUCACACUGUAACUGACAGCAGCAAAAAGUGAUCUGGGUAUAAGCUAUUUCAUACGAGCAGCUCCUGAUAAAACCAGCCACAAGCACUCAAGCUCAGUUGAGUAUUUUUCACUGAACAGAGAGGAUUACAGCUCAUCAGAUACUUGAUUACCACAUGGAAUUUGCCCUUCCACUUUGUUUAAUAAGUAGUUUACUGAAGGCCGUUCUGUGUUGCCUAUUUGAAUCGCCCCAGUUUCUCUCAUCUCAUUCUCUUGGGCCAGGUAAUGAUGAAGCCAGUAAAGCUGUGCUUUGAUUGCCUGUGUUGGUUCUGCCUGACUGAUUACCUGACACCGAGUGCUGCUAGAACAAAAGUACUGAAAUGUGUGGAAGACUUCAGAUGUCUUUGGCAGCAUAUCUGCUCUGAUACAUGCCGAGGAGAAUUCUUGAUGAGUUCAAGGCUAUGCCGAGGCAAACUACCCCCAGUUGUUAUUCUGAUAGCCUUUAAGAUUUGUACUAAUUCCUUCAGAGCAGCAUGGUGUGCCUUUAAAGACAGAGAAAUUAGCUCAGACUUCUGUUCUAAAUAUAAAAUUACGAAAGUAUACACAAACUAAAAUAAGGCUAGAAUUUUUUUGUCAAAGUAAUGUGAGAGGCAUAAGAGUAAAAAUGAAGUAACUGAUACCAUUAGUUCUUGAGUGCGGCUGUUCAUAGUAUCUGCUUGUGAUUUUUUGCCUCAUUAUACGUCGAAGAUGAUGGGUAGCAGUUGAUACCUUUUGGUGCUAGCCUCUAUGUUCUGGUGCUGAAGUUAUUGAUUAUUUUUUGUGGAAGAUGAGGUAUACUUCCAAUAUUACCAUAUACACUCCAGUUUUUGUGAGAUCUUUUUCAGCUAAGCAUAUAAUUAACCACUGGGCCAGAUUUGCUUUCAAAGUUCCUUUUUAUGGUUGUUUCAGGCUAUAAUGAGAGUCUUCUGUGCAUCAGAGAGGAAAAUGUAUUCCAGUUCAAACCCAAAACAAACAGCACCCUCCCGUCAUCACAACAGUGAAGUGACUGUGGAACAAAUUAUGGGGAGAGUAAGACCUCUGACAGUCAUGAGUUCAGAUUGAUGCUGAGCAGGUUUUAGUGAUCGCAGAUCCUCUCUCUGGGGUAAUACAUGACUUCAGAAAACCUGGGCUUGACCUCGCACAAUUAUCCUUGGGAUCUCUUCUCUGAGAUCACCUCGCUCCCCUCUGAAUUGGGGUUGAGUUGGAUCAAGCCUCAGUGAAAACCAUGGGAGAUUUAACAUAACUUUUAACUUUUGCGUAAGUGAGAAAGUUAGAUUCCAUGAGAGCUUUAUGGACAGCAAAAUUAGACUAAAUGUGCUGUCCCUUGACAACACUGGGAAAUACCAUGGGGCUCUGAAAGAAGAAACCUCCCAGAGCAAAAGUGCGCUAUACCACAGCUGGGAUCUAACAGAUAGAAAUAUAUCUGUAUCUGUAUCCAUUUCUAAGUCUCUAGAUACAUGAAUAGAUAGGUAGUUAGUUCUACAUGUUUAUGUAUUAUCUGCAAGGACCAGGUUGCAGACAUGGAUGCCCUCUUGUGGUUGAGAAUACCAGUAUGUUGGUUUGAUUUCAUAGGAAGCCACAAAGUUUAAGGAUUUUUCAAAAAUACACACACACACAAAUUUAGUUUGUUUCCCUUAAAAUUUUUGGCCUUUAUUUUAAAGACACAUGAAAUUGUUUUAUUUGAGAAAUGAGGUCCGCUGUGUAACUUCUCUAUUCCUUAGUUUUACAUGCUUUGUAAGUACAGAACUCAACCAGAGUUGUAUUGGCUGUUGGUUACCCAUCAUACAAAGUUUUAUGAGUAUGAGGUAAAACGGAGGUAUUCAGAUGUCAGAAGAGUUUUUAGAGGUGUAAAUCAGAUAUAGUUCUUAAAAAGAAGAGAGUGGGAAUCCUCAUUACUCAGAUACUAAAUUCCUAAACUAUCCCUAAAGAAACAGGAGUUUUAAAGGCCCAAAUUACUGUUGAAAUUUGACCAAUAUUCCUAAGUUUUCAAGAAAAAAAAAAAGUUGCUUUUCUCUUCUAGAAUGAAGAUCUCAUAGAAUCCAAGCACGCAGCAUUUUUAUGGUGCUUUUUAAAACUGCAAAACAGAAAAUUUGUAUGGUUUGGUUGUCAGACCAUAAUUGGUCUGAUGGCCUCAAAGUGCACAAAAUUUCCCAUUUGGAUUCAUAAGGAGAACACUGAACUUCUGAAGUAGCCACAGCCUUCUCAAAAUGCUUUCUUUCAAAAGAAAAUAAAUUGAAAAUCAAGACAAAAAUAGCAACGACCCACCUGGUUAAUUCAAUAAAAGAAAAAAAAACCCCAAGGUUACUAUAGGUAAUUUCAAGACUCUCUUGCAGCUGAACCUUCAUUUACUGAGUUUCCCUCAAGAUUAGUUAUUUUCUGUUAGAGAAGAUUUUUUUGUUCGUAUUACAAGACAAUGAAUUUUUAAAUUCACACAAGUCAGUGGAACAGACAUAAACUUUUGAUAGUUAUCCCCAUUCUUCUGAUCUUCCCUGAGAGUGAAGUGUGAGAAAACCAGACUGAAAUGGUUGCAAUUCAGUGUUAUCUCUUUGUCUUCCACCAAAAGACAAAAUUCAGAGUGCAAAAAGAUUUUGGCAGCUUACCAUUUGGCAAUCAGGUUGCAAAUUCUUUAAAAAUCCCUUGUACUGACAAUCCUUGUAAAUUAUGCUCGGGGGUUUCUUGGCCAAGAGCAGAAGAGAGGGAAUAUCCCGCAGGUUAUAUGUUUAGCUCACAACAGCAAUCACUAUUUAAAUCACAUCAUGCUGCAAGCUCCUUACAGCUUCAGUAGAUCAUCAUGUAAGUCAGGAAUUAUCUUAGAUGCAAUAUUUAAGUUAAUAAACUUGUUCCUUAGGAGUGAAUGGUAAUAUUGGAAUCUAAUAGCUCUGAGGGGUUAAACAGCUUUGUUUCAUGUAGGGUGCUCUUACAUAAUUGAAAUGGUGCUUAAAGGCAGGGUUCAUUUAAGAAGUAAACCAUCGACAGUUGCUUUAUUUUCAUAUGCAAUAAGGAAAGAUAUUUUUGAGGACUGAAGAUGUUGAGGAUUGGAAAUGAUGACAUUUCUAUGCUUUCUAUCUGAACCCAAGCCAAAAAAAAAAAAAAAAAGUUCAGUGUUUAUACAGUGAAACAUCCUUUCCCUCCCCUCAUUAUAUAUUUUCAUCAUUUCUUGUUUAGAUCUUUUUGAAAAUUGUGUGGGUGGGGUUGUAUCUUGUUCUUCAGAGAAGAAAGCUUGUUGUGUAACACGUCUUGCAGUGGACUUUUCAGUAUAACAAUUCUUUCAUAUGAUGCUAUAUACAUGUUAUACCUGAGAUAUAAAUUUGUAUUCCUGUUUCAACUUCUAAUGCUAUGAAACUAUAAAGAAGUGUACAUCACUUUGAUCUAUUUUGUAACAUCUGUGCAUUUAAAUAAAUAAGUAAAAUUAUCAGUAUUUA